AAAAGUAUCAGUAUAAAUACAGGACCACCGGAAAUCUCAGUACCAGUCCUCGACCAGGUUCAGAACCAUGAAGCUAGUAUUAUUUCUCUGCUUGGUAGGAGUGUGUCUCGUUGCGGCGAAGGAUGAGGUGAAUGUAAGAUACAAUUACAACUGCGCGGUCGUGGACUGCAACAACUGUUUCUAUGACCUAGACGACUGCUCCUACUGCUGCAAGGACUUUAGCGUCGCCUGUGAAGCCGUCAACUGCUACGAAUGCGACAUCAAGUACUGCGGCACCUGCUGCGAUUUCAUUAAAAAAUCCAAAAAGGAUGCAUAAGACUAAAUGACGCAUCAAGGUUUUAUUAAGAGUGAAGUUAAGACGACGCAAGAAAAAAAAAACGUGUUAUCCGUCCUUGGUAUUCGUGCGGGAUGUUAACUUUUUUUUAACAAAGUACAAAUUCGUUAGUACAGACUUUAAAAUCUAGGUAAUUAUGUAACGAUAGAAAUGGUGCAAUACCUAUACGACAAUAUAUUUUUCUAAGUAUUAAAAAAAACGAUCCAAGAUACGGAUGGCAAAAAAAAAAAUGUUGAUCAUGUAUAAAAUAUAAAAAUAUAUAUGUUAGCAAAAUA